AGCAGCGAGCAAAAACGCACCUUUUUCUUUAUUCUGAUAAUUAAAUAUAACGAAAAUGUUUUCGUCAAAUCUGUUGCGACGAAGAUGCUGCAGGUCUCUUCCUUCGCUUCUAGGAAGCAUCGUCGUUUUAUGGUUUUGUUCUUCACAGGUUUUGGUGGCAAUGGCAGCAGCAGGCACUAAAGUGGUGUAUCUCCCAAGGGUUAUACACGAACGGCCUCUUCCAUUUGAACUUGAAACCGGAUAUAUUGGUGUUGGAGAAUCUGAAGAUGUGCAACUUUUUUACUACUUUGUAAAGUCAGAAUCAAAUCCUAGUGAUGAUCCAAUCGUGGUUUGGGUCUCUGGUGGCCCUGGUUGCUCUUCUUUUUUUGCAAUGACUCAAGAAAUCGGACCAUUGAUAAUGGAUUUACCGAAGAAUAUUUCAGUCCCGCCUACAUUUUCUUUGAAUCCUUACUCAUGGACGAAGGUUGCAAGUUUUGUGUACCUAGACUUACCCGUGGGAACUGGAUUUUCGUAUGCUAAGAGUGCAAAAAAUUAUACUUCAAAUACCUUAGAAGCAAGUUAUCAUGGAGCUGAAUUUAUUCGCAAGUGGUUAAUAGAUUAUCCUGAAUAUCAAUCCAAUUCAUUAUAUGUCGGCGGGGACUCAUAUUCUGGUACCCUUAUUCCAAUGCUUGCUCAAGCAAUAUCAAAUGGUAAUGAUGCAAGGUUAAAGCCUGCCAUUAAUUUUAAGGGUUACCUUGUCGGUAAUGGGGUGACACAUUUUUCUGAGCACGAUUAUACUUACCAAUUUGCUCUCGGAUAUGGUCUUAUUUCAGAAGAGUUUGCUGAGCAGUCAUACGACGAUUGUAUAACGAAUCCCGACAAAAAGCCUUUCUUUACCAAAUGUCAGUUGGAUAUCCUGCGAUUCGUAAUGUUGACUUUUGUGAAUAAUCCGGCAUAUAUUUUGGACUCUGUUUGUCUUAUUAACAAUGGACUUGAAGACUUAUUAUCUGGAAAAGCUUUUGUUCCUAUUAAGAGGUUCAAUGGAGUCAAUGCAAAAAUCUAUAACCGUUAUUUAUUGUGUAAGAGUGACAGUAUCGCAGCGCAGUAUGUUAACGUUGAAAGCGUUCAAGAGGCCCUUCAUGUUAAGAAGGGAAGUAUUGAUAAUUGGGAGCAAUGCCGAGCAAAUUUGCCAUAUAACAAUAAUGUGAGGGACAGCAUUGCAUAUCAUGCAAACCUUAGCACCAAGGGAUUCAGAUCUCUCAUAUACAAUGGAGAUCGCGAUUUGUUUAUACCCUCACUUUCCGCUGAAGCAUGGACAAAAUCAUUGAAUUAUUCCAUCAUUGAUGAUUGGCGGCCGUGGUUUGUGAACAAUCAAAUUGUUGGUUAUACAAGGACCUUCUCCAACAACAUGACAUAUGCCAAAAUCAAGGGAUCGGGCCACCUUGCUCCAUCAAUCACACCAGUUCAAUGUUUUGUCAUGUUUAAAAGAUGGAUAUCUUAUGAAAAACUUUAAAAUUUGAAUAACUUUGGAUAAAUCUAUGUUUAAGGAAUGUUUUAAAUAAAUAAAAUAGUGUUGUUGACAUUCAUGCAUAUAGGAGCACUAAACAUGCUUUGUGGCCUCAAGUAAAUUGAGUAGACCUGGAUGGAAUUUCAGCAGAUUCCAGUCUAUGAAUUUCUCGUUGUUCUUCAAUGUUCCCAUCAUUUUGAUAAACAAUAUUAUUAUUGUACUUAGAGUUUUAAUCAUUA